AUGUCUGCCCUCGGGUCUCUCCGCGCCACGGCUCGCUCCACUGCCCUAGGCUCCACCAGAAGCGCCUUGGCCCGCUUCUCGACCUCGUCGCCGCAUUUCUCGGCGCUCGACGACCUCAGUAGCUCCAUCGAGAAGCUCGCCGCCAGCAACCAGUCCAGCAGCGCCUCCUCCUCAUCGUCCACACAAAGGCCGCUCUCGGGCGCCGUCCACACGCCUCGGCCGGCCGCCGCGACGCCCAUCAGCAGAGAUCGCCAGACUGUCAGCGGAAGGGCUUUCCUCAACGGCCACUACUACAACCCGCAAACGCUCUCGUACCGCAGCAUCACCGAAAAGGCACCGCAACCUGCCCGGCCUCUGCUGGGGCCCUCGAACAAGGAGGCCAAGGCCGGCGAUCUGCUCCACAUCAACAACCUCAAGCCAGGGAAGCCUUCGCUGCACGACGACUCGUACAAAAACGGCGCCAUCCUGUCGGCCUACAUUUCCGAGAUGGGCAAGAUCAUGCCGCGCAGCGCGACGGGCCUCACACGGAAGAGCCAGCGCAACAUUGGCAAGGCGGUCCGACGCGCCAGGGCCAUGGGUCUGCUUCCAGUCAUGAGCAGAGGAGGGUCGAGGGCCGGCGGCGCAGGCUGGAAGUGA